AUGUUUACGAUUGAGAUGAUGGGGCUUAAAACGUUUGGUUCGUUUAUUCUGAUUGCUAGUUUGUUCAUAUCGAGGGUUUAUAUUCAGCCCAAGUAUUCUUUAAUAUCAGAUUGCGAUGAAACCUUUAAUUAUUGGGAGCCAUUGAACUUAUUAGUUCGUGGAUUUGGUAAACAGACUUGGGAAUAUUCACCAGAAUAUUCAAUUAGAUCGUGGGCAUUUCUAUUGCCAUUCUAUUUUGUUUUAUAUCCAUUUAAAUACUAUGGUUUGCUAAAUAGUGAACAAGAUUAUUUUUAUAUUACAAGAGGAUUCUUAGGGUUGGUUAGUUUUAUCUUUGAAAUUGGGUUAUCCAAGGAGAUUGGUUCUACUUUGUCUGAAAAUAUUGGAAGUAUUUGGCUAUUUUUGCAGUUAUUUAACCCUGGUUGGUUUCAUGCUUCUGUAGAAUUAUUACCUUCUUCUUUUGCCAUGAUAUUAUAUUUGGGUUCUAUCAAGUAUGCUUUAAGGUAUCUAUCUAGAGAUUGUACUGCCAGUUUCUUGGCUAGUUUGACCUUCAAUUUCGUGGCUGGUAUUAUGGGCUGGCCUUUUGUUUUGGUUUUAAGCGUCCCAUUAGUGAUUCAUUACUUAUUCACCCAUAAAAUAAUGUGGACUCUAAGAACUGCUUUUGAUUCAACUGUAAUUAUAACAGUAAUUGCUUCCAUUAUUUUCACCAUCGAUUCAUAUUUCUAUGGAAAGUUUGCGCCAGUAUCGUGGAACAUAUUGUCUUACAAUGUCAUUAAUGCAGAUCAAAAUUCAGGCCCUGAUAUCUUUGGUGUAGAACCAUGGUCUUAUUACGUACUAAAUUUAAUCCUAAAUUUCCCAUUACCAGUAUUAAUAUUUUCAAUAAUGGGUAUAGCAAAUUGGAGAAUUUGGCCUUUGACCGUUUCAAAACUUUCAUGGUUAGGUGUUUUCUUUUUACAACCACAUAAAGAAGAAAGAUUUUUAUACCCUAUUUAUGGAUUGAUCUCCUUAUCUGCCGCAAUUGGUUUCCACCAAUUUUCAAAUAUCUUUUUUGGUAAGAUGAAAGUAUUCAAAUCAAUUGUUAAAGUUGCGUUGUUACUAAUUAUUGCUCUUCAGUCCGCCUCAAGAAUUUUGGCUCUAAUAUUCAAUUAUACUGCUCCAAUCACCCUUUAUUCCGAACUUUACACUCUUGGAAAGGAUGAUAAAGUCUUAGCACAAGAUUCAUUUACCAAUGUAUGUACAGGUCGUGAGUGGUACCAUUUUCCAAAUUCUUUCUUCCUGCCAGAAAACCACCGCCUAAGAUUUAUUCGUUCUGGUUUCGAUGGAUUACUACCUGGUGAUUUUAUGGAAGAUGUUUCUAUUUUUGAUGCGGUAAGAACUUUACCAAAGGGUAUGAAUAGCAAAAAUAUAUUUGAUGAGGGAAAAUUAUGGCCAGUUACCAAUUGUGAUUACUUUGUUGAUAUAUCUAUCCCAACUGACAAAUCAAAGGAUGCCUUGAACCCUUCAGACAUGCCUAGAAAUUGGAACAAGAUAUCAUGUACAGAAUUCAUUAAUGUAGAUGAUUCCAAAAUACUGGGAAGAUCUUUUUACAUCCCUUCAACUAUCGCUAAAUUUGUUGCUAAAUUUAGUCCAAAAUAUUGGAACAAGUUAUAUGGGGUUAAUUACAUCGAUUACUGUGUCUACGAAAAAACAGAAAUUGUUCAAGAUAACACAUCCAUUUAA